UUCAAUAUGAAUUAUUUUGUGACUUUAACUAUAUUUUCGAUCAUUUUUAUAAGUACUUUUAAAAACGGACAAACAAAUGCUAUUAAAGAUGUCCCCACUGUGACAAUUAGUCAAGGAACAUUAGUUGGUAAAAAAUCAUUUGAUUAUUGGAAUGAAACAUUUUAUAGCUUUGAAGGCAUACCAUAUGCAAAGCCUCCGAUUGGGUCGUUACGAUUUAAAGCACCUGAGCCAGCAGAGCCAUGGGCUGGAACUUAUGAUGCAACGCAAGUAAGACCAAUUUGUCCACAACCUAAGGGAAAUGGAAAUGAGUUAUUAGAGCAAAAUGAAGAUUGUUUAUUUUUAAACGUUCAUACAAAAAUGUCUACAGAAUUAAAACCAGUUAUGGUUUGGAUUCAUGGUGGAGGCAUGCAAGAGGGCAGUAUAUUUGAAAAUAAUUAUGGGCCAGAAUUAUUAAUGUCUGAGGAUAUUGUUUUGGUGAAACUUACAUAUCGCUUAACAGUUUUUGGAUUUCUUAGUUUGGACGAUCCAAAAUACGAAAUUCAUGGAAAUGCUGGCUUAAAAGAUCAAGUAAUGGCCUUGAAAUGGGUACAACAAAAUAUUCACCAUUUUGGUGGAGAUCCAAAUCAAGUAACAAUUUUUGGAGAAAGUGCAGGUGGAGCUUCAGUGCAUUUGUUAUAUUUAUCACCUUUAGCCAAAGGUUUAUUUCAUCGUGCAAUAUCUCAAAGUGGAGCUGCUGGCAAUCCCUGGCUUACAUCACCAAAUAAUUAUCAUGAAUUAGCUCAAUCUUUGAAUUGUGAUUCAGACAAUUUGGAUACCAUUGUAAAUUGUAUUAAUAGUACCACAGCCGAUGACAUUUUGGCAGGAUUUCUUAAAAUACAAGAGUCGGAAGAAUUCAAUGAAAAACUGAGAAAUGGGGAAGUUAUAAAAUACAACAGUUUAACAAUUGAAUCGCCUAAAACUUCAAACAGCUUCCUUGCAGAAAAUCCUGAAGAUAUUGCAAGAAACGGAAAAUUCCAAAGAGUACCCAUUAUUAUGGGCUUCAAUACCCAUGAGGGAACCAUGUUCAUUGAUUUAAACUGUGUUAAACCAAACGUUACAGACUAUCGAACUUUAAUACCAAGGGAUAUUAAUGUCGAUAUGUCAUCUAAAGAAGCUUAUGACCUAGGAACAAAUAUUAAAGAAUUCUACUAUGGUGAUCAAACUCCGUCAAACGAUUUAGUUGAUCCUUUUAUUGACUAUUUAACUGACACAAUGUUUUUCUAUCAUAUCUACAAAUUUGCAAAAUUACAAUCCAAUGUUGCAAAAGAUGUACCGUUGUAUUUCUACCACUUCGAUUAUCGCACAAAAUUAAACUCUCAAAAUUCUAAAUAUAAGAAGUACGUUAAUCAUUUUGAUGAUGUUCAAUAUUUAUUUUACGUCAAGGGUCGCACUCCAGAAAAUUUGAGCACAGACUCUGAUGAAUAUAUUGGCAUACAUCGUAUGGUUAAAUUAUGGACAACAUUUGCAAAGUCACAAGAUGCUGAUCCAAAUCCAAUAAAUGAUCCCUUAUUGAAUGUAAAAUGGGAACGAGUUGAACCGAAUAAAUUUAAUUAUUUAAAAAUUUCACAAAAUUUAGAAAUGAAACAAGAUCCAUUUCAUGACCGCGUAAAAUUUUGGGAACAAAUAUAUGAAAUAUAUAAUGGAAGUUACUAGUUUAAAUAAAAUAU